AGUGAAUGCUGUCAGGAAGUGUGACCUGCCUCCUGCGUUUGCCUCUCACGAUCGAGUAAAUCUGACACACACUGGCACAGGGGAGGAUGUGUCUGAGCAGAACUAGCCUUUGAGUUAACAAUUAAACAGGAAGAGUACGGGGAAAGACUCAUUCACACAGCAGAGGGAGACCGGAGACCGGAGACCGGAGACCGGCUGGCAUUGGGAAUUUGACAUGACAGCCACACACUGGCUCGAUGCAGCAACCAACCGUCUCACACGUGCACACACCAGUCUUCGUUCAAAGACACAAUUUCUUUUGAAGGUGUGAAAGAUGUUGUACCACUGCAGAUCAAGGGAUAUUGUGACGUCUUAGAAAAAAAGCUGAAUGGAAUAUUGCAGUUCAUCAAUUUGAGGAACACUGCCAUGUUCUGUUUUUUCAUGUUGAAUGCUGUAGUAAAUUUGACAUCUUCAAAAUUAAAACUUCAAUUAUAGGUACCAUCGGGCGUGAGGAUGAACGGCAGCCAGUCAAAUUUUUCCCUGAAAUGUGUGCGUGACACCAGCGUGACUUCUGUGGUUUUUCCCGGUCUGUACAGCACCCUUUUCCUAUUUGCCCUGGUACUCAACUGCCUUGCUGCAUGGAUCUUCUUCAACAUCCGCAGCACAUCCACCUUUGUGGUCUAUCUGAAGAACAUAGUGGUGGCGGACCUGCUGAUGACUCUGACCAUUCCACUGAAGGUCCUUGCCGACUCAGAUGUGGGUUCCUGGCGCCUGCGCGCUUUUUACUGCCGCUACUCUGCGGUCCUCUUCUAUACCACCAUGUACAUCAGCAUCCUACUUCUGGGGCUCAUCAGCCUGGACCGCUACAUGAAGAUAGUCAGGCCUUUUUGGAAGUGCCCCCUUCAGAGGGUCGGGGUUGGACAGGCCUUGAGUGCGGGCGUCUGGGCUGUAAUGGUGUCGCUGGCACUACCCAACACUAUUCUGAGUGACCGCACACCGUCGCUCUCUAGUGGCCGGCUAAAGUGUACCUCCAUGAAGAAUCAGGCUGGCAUACUGUGGCAUGAAGGCUUCAACUAUUUCUGCCAGGUGGUGUUCUGGGGCACCCUUGUUCUGAUGGUUGUGUGUUACACCUUCAUCAGUCGGAAAGUCUAUGAGUCGUACAGAGCCUCACGCAGUGGCUCCAUCACGGCCAGCCGAAAGACCACGGCCAAAGUCUUUGUUGUGGUGGGGGUGUUUUUUGUUUGUUUUGCACCCUUCCAUUUUGCCAGAGUGCCCUACACUCUCACCCAGACCCGGAGUGUAGCCAACCAAUGCCGGGCGAGUAACGCACUCUAUGUUGCCAAGGAGACCACACUCUGGCUGUCUGCCACUAACGUAUGUCUGGACCCGCUGAUCUACGUGUUUUUGUGCAAAGUGUUCCGGAAAAGAUUGACAGCCGCUCUUAAACGCAAGCCCCUCCCCCAGGGCGCGUUGGAGUCGCCCACGGAAACCUCCACUCAGCUGGAGAUGUCACAUGUGCAUAACAGGAUGUCCGUUCGACCUAGAUGAACAACAGAGAACUGACAUCCCCCUUUCAGUCUUGUAAUACCAUUUAGAUUGUUGAGUCCCUUAGAAUAUGGUUACAUCCAGUUUUUACAGUCGCAGUCAUCUUUAACCUAGCUUUUGUUUCCCCCUGAAAGCAGGAUGUUUUUUUUCCACUUAGAUGUUUUUAUUUUACCCAGUAAUAAGUCUCUGAUAUAACCAGUGUUUUCAUGUUUAUAGUUUUCCUUGUAAUAUGCACACAGUAUGGAACUCUUAAAAUUCCUGUUUGCUGGUUCCUUCACAGCAGUGCAACCAACAGUAGUAUAAUAUAGUACAUUAAGAAAACUGAUUGAUAAAAAAAAAUGUAAUAGUAAUGGGACACAACGGUAAAAAGGUUAGUUACUGGAACUCCACCCAAACAAUGUUGUCAUGAAAAUGCAUCAAUAUUUCCUCAUUGAGCCCACAUUAGCCACACAUUAGCCAUAAUAUAGACUAUUAUUUCUAUGCUGAGGCUAUUAUGUUGACACUAUGUUGAGGCAAUUAAUCAGAGUAUAAUGAUUGUCCGGAUGCCCACGGCAAAAUAUGUUCAUGUCUUCAUCACCAAUGAACUGGGUUCUGACUAGAAAUGUUUAGAUCAAAGUAUUUGUGCUAAUGGCAGCGUCCUUCUUCUAUCCACACUGUCUGUGGUUCAUUGACCUCUUUAUCGCAUCUAUACUCAUAAAAAUAAUGUGAAUAAAAAUAAUGGUGGAAACAUUAAGUAAAGGAUAUGCUAUAUAAAUGUGUGUUUUAAAUGUGCAAUAGUAAAUAGUAACAGAGUCUGUGUACUGAAUAAUGAAUACUUAAAAGACUUCUGGUUGCAGCAGCAUGGUGUGUGUGUGUGUGUAUCUUUUCUAAAUAUAAUUUUACCAGCCACAAGAGAAUGUAACUGUCUAUAAUGGUUUGCUAAGUCAUCAUGUCAUUUCUGUCCAUGUAGCUCACUGUCAGCUCUCACUUCCCUUUCUCUAAUCUCUACCAAACUUGACUUUCCUUUUUGAUCAUGAUACCAGAAAGGAAAACAUUCCUUGACUAAGUGCUUUUAAGAUGGUGCACCAAUGUUGUUGGUGACAAUUUAGAUCAGUGGUUCCCAACCUUUUUCAGUUACUGUACCACCAACAGAAUUUUGCUCUGCUCGGAGUGCCCCAGAAGUACCCGUCAUGUUAAUUUCACUAGUAAGCCUGUGGUGUCAUGAGUGAUUUCAAGUACCCUAUGGAGAGGCCAAGUACCCCCAGGGGUCCUAGUACCCUGGUUGGGAACCACUGGUGUAGAGUACAGGAUUACAAAAUGGUAUGAUGUUUAUUCUAUUGU